UGCAAAAUACAGAACUCAACAAAGAAGAUUCACAACAGUACAACUGCACUGAGGUCAAAGAUGAUUUCUAGGAGAGUAAUGAUAAAUCUGAUGGUGGUUUGCAUUGUUGCAAUGCUGGCAGAACAGACUGAGGGGUUCCUGACUUUUUUGAGCCCAAGAGAUUACCAAAAAAAGAUUGAAAAUUACAGAGUGGGAAAAGGUGUGCCAAUGAACCUCCAAAAGAGAUCUGAAGAAAAUAAUUUACCAGAAGUGUCCAGUAUGGAAGAAAUGAAAGUAAUAAAGCUUUGUGUUCCUUUUGAAAUUGGGAUCAAGUUGAGUAGCAAACAAUUUCAGAAAUAUGGAGAACAUCUGGGUGAGCUCCUGCAAAACAUUUUGUCAGAAAACAAAAAUGGUCAAUGACUUCAGCAAAUCAGGCUGAUUAAAUAUCGAUGUAUAGUUCACAAGUGACAGAGAACAGUUGUAGGAAACUUUUAUGUAUAGGAACAUUUAAUAAUUAAUAAAGUGAUAACAUAAUGAUGACUUUUGUGUGGCAUUGAAUAUGUCUGCU